UUAAAGCAGGGAUAUAACUUUUUUUCGACGUAAUCAAAUAGUGUGACGAAUCUGCCGGGAGCGUUCACUUGUACCACAGGCAAACAAAAAUGGCGGUCCCAGGGAAACAGUACGGGCUGAUCUUGCCUCAGAAGAAAAUACUGAUCAAGGCAAAGAGCCUGCAGAAACAUUGUGUGUUUGGCGAUGACUCCGAUGAUGAGACGUCUGUCGGUGAGAGUCUGCAAAAAGAAGCAGCCAAGAAAAAGACGAUGAGGCAGACUCAGCUGGAGAUGACGAAGGCCCUGGAGCAGGACAGCACGGUGUACGACUACGACGCCGUGUACGAUAACAUCCAACAGCAGAGGCUGGACAACAGCAAGAAAGUCCUGUCGGGAGUUGAGAAGCGGCCAAAGUACAUCCACCAGCUCAUGAAGGCGGUAGAGAACCGUAAGAAGGAGCAGGAGCGCAGGGACGAGAGAAAGAUCCAGAAGGAGCGCGAGGCGGAGGGCGAGCAGUUUGCCGACAAGGAGGCGUACGUGACCACGGCCUACAAGCUGAAGCUGCAGGAGCAGAAGGAGGAGGCGGAGCGCGAGAAGAGACAGGCCGCCAUCGAAGCUGCUUUGGACGUGAGGAAACAAAAAGACCUGAGCGGCUUCUACCGCCACCUCCUGAACCAGACUGUAGGCGAAGAGGCCAUCCCCGAUCGCUCGGCCAACAAAAGUCAAAGCCCGGCCGAUAUCAAGGUUGAGGAAGCGUCACAAGCGAGUGGCGAUAACACGCCGAGUCCAGGAAGCGGCGGCGAGGACGCCCGCGAAGAGAAACACGGAUUCAACAAGCCUUCCAAACGCCAUUACAGACACCGCUCGCUUUCGUCGGGCAGCGACGACGAGAGAGAGAGGGACCGGCGCAAGAAGAGAGAGCGCGAGAAGGACGAGCGACGCGGCCGGAGAAGAGAUGAGGACAGAGAUGGCCGCCGCAGCCACACCAGCAGGCGGGACUCCGAGCGGGAAGAGCGACGUAAGGAAGGGAGCAGCAGAGAGCGAGAGGGGGAGAGGAAGGAGAGGAAGAAUUCAGAGAAAGACGAGAGGAAAGAGAAAGGAGAGAGGAAGACGAAGGAGGAUGAGAAAGAAAGAAAGGAGAAUGAGAAGGAAAGAAAGCAGGAUGAGAAGGAAAGAAAGGAGGAUGAGAAGGAAAGAAAGGAGAAUGAGAAGGAAAGAAAGGAGGAUGAGAAGGAAAGAAAGGAGGAUGAGAAGGAAAGAAAGGAGAAUGAGAAGGAAAGAAAGGAGGAUGAGAAGGAAAGAAAGGAGAAUGAGAAGGAAAUAAAGGAGGAUGAGGAGGAAAGAAAGGAGGAUGAGGAGGAAAGAAAGGAGGGUGAGGAGGAAAGAAAGGAGGAUGCAGACAAGAAAGAAGAGGAGAAGGUGAGCAAGUUUGCCAAACGAUCCAAUGAUCAAACACUGAGCUCGGCCAGAGAUCGCUACCUGGCUCGACAGAUGGCUCGCUCCGUCUCCAAGAGUUACAUCGAGCGCGAGGAAGACUGACGGCCUGAAGGUGUGCACACCCCCCUUAGCUAAAUCAUGUAAAUACCUCCAAAUAAACUUGUAUUCUCGCUGAC